GCGCGGCCGGCGCACAGUCCGCAGCAGCAGCGCCAUGAACACCGUCAUCGCCGUGCUCGUCCUGGUGGCCGCGGCCGCGGCCGCACCGCCCUUCCUGGACUUCGCCAAGGAGGCCGACGACGGCGGCCCGUUCGGGGUCGCCGCCGGUCCUCGCCUCCCCCAGCAGGACUCCGACGCCGACAUCCUGGACAGGAUUUUCCAAGCGCUGAAGGAGGAGGGCGUCGGCCAGGUCGGCCAGGUCGGCCAGGACGCCGUCAACCAGGACUCCAGCCAGGACGACGACGACGACGAGAACGACAGCUUCGAGAGCCCUCCGCCCAAGGGCGUGUCCUGCGACGACCACGCGUGCAACAAGGCGUGCGAGGUGAUGCUGGGCUUCAGCGGGGGCUUCUGCAACCACUACAAGCUGUGCACCUGCGUGAGGAUCCCCAGCCCCCGCCACCCGGCGCCGUGGGCCGCGAACCACGGCCCGCGUCUUUGAAGACGCCGUGCUGUAGUCUUCGCUGUCGGCGCUCUCCGACACUAUUUUAAUUUUUGUACCCAGCCAUUUGUAAUUUAUUUGUUUUGCCUUACGUGAUUACUCCAGCUACGCUGGUUGCUCUGCGAUAUAACAGUCGUCAAUAAAUGAAACGCAAACAGA